CCAGCGCGUUUCCGCUUCAAACCCUGACUUCCGGUUCGUCAGCCGGUUCCGUCCUUGCUUUUCACUUCCGGUCGCCUUCCGUUCCGCUGCAGCCGGUUCUACGUCCGCUGCUGCCGGGGCCGCCGUACUCCAGGUAUUUUUUUCUGAACAAAAGCUGCCUCAACAUAUGUUUCAAGGAUGGCUCUCCCUAUUAUCGUAAAAUGGGGCGGACAGGAAUAUUCAGUGACCACACUUUCAGAGGAUGAUACUGUACUAGAUCUCAAACAAUUUCUCAAGACCCUUACAGGAGUGCUACCAGAACGACAGAAGUUACUUGGACUUAAAGUUAAAGGCAAACCUGCAGAAAAUGAUGUUAAGCUUGGAGCUCUCAAACUGAAACCAAAUACUAAAAUCAUGAUGAUGGGAACUCGUGAGGAGAGCUUGGAAGAUGUCUUAGGUCCACCUCCUGACAAUGAUGACGUUGUCAAUGACUUUGAUAUUGAAGAUGAAGUAGUUGAAGUAGAAAAUAGGGAAGAAAACCUACUGAAAAUUUCUCGCAGAGUAAAAGAGUACAAAGUGGAAAUUUUGAAUCCUCCCAGGGAAGGGAAAAAGCUUUUGGUACUAGAUGUGGAUUAUACGUUAUUUGACCAUAGGUCUUGUGCAGAGACGGGGGUAGAAUUAAUGCGGCCGUAUCUUCAUGAAUUCCUAACAUCUGCAUAUGAGGAUUAUGACAUUGUUAUUUGGUCUGCAACAAAUAUGAAGUGGAUUGAAGCUAAAAUGAAAGAGCUGGGAGUGAGCACAAAUGCAAAUUACAAGAUUACCUUCAUGUUGGACAGUGCUGCUAUGAUAACAGUGCAUACCCCAAGGAGAGGACUAAUAGAUGUAAAGCCUCUUGGUGUUAUAUGGGGAAAGUUCUCGGAGUUUUACAGUAAAAAAAACACCAUUAUGUUUGAUGACAUAGGAAGAAAUUUUCUAAUGAACCCACAGAAUGGACUAAAGAUAAGGCCUUUUAUGAAAGCGCACCUAAAUCGAGAUAAAGACAAAGAACUUUUAAAAUUAACUCAAUACCUCAAGGAGAUAGCAAAAUUAGAUGACUUUUUGGACCUAAAUCACAAAUAUUGGGAAAGGUAUCUCUCAAAGAAGCAAGGACAGUAGUUACAUGUUAUACUGACAGUUAUUGAAGACACUUGACAUCCAUGAACUUCUUGCUUUUAUGCUAGAAAUCAUUAUAAUAGUGCUGGACACUGAAGCAAAUACCAAACUGCUUAUACUUGGUCUUCCAGUUUUUUGUAAAUUUAAUUUUAUAUUUUUUGAAGAUCAUAGCAAUAUGCUAAAAAAAAAAAUACCUUUUCCCCCCCAUGUGAAUAUACUGUUAACUCUUGAAAAAUAUUUUCUCCAGCAUUGAGUAUUGAGUUUUUUCCCACACA